AUGGGACACAAUAAUGUGGCAGGAAAUAUCAUAGAAAAGACAGAGAAAUAUAAGCGAUUACUUGCUGAUAGCAAUGUCCCUACCGAAGUCCCAGAGCCACGUAUUACAGCUUUUUAUGCCUAUAUGAGUAACAUUGAUGCUAAUCCAGGAAAAGGUCAUACAUUAAAAUUCGACGUCAUCAAAACAAACAUCAAUGGUGGCUAUAAUCCAUUUUCUGGAAUAUUCACGGUCCCAGUUGACGGUGUGUAUGUGUUUACGUUCAACUUGAGGCUAUAUUCUGGUGUUUAUGGAGCAUACGAAAUAAUCAAAAACGCCGAGGUUGAAGGUGCAGCAGUAGGAAUUAUCACAGGAACUUCCACACAGUUACAAGUUACUGAAACAAUUGUAUUUUCUGCUGAUAAGGGCGACAUUGUCUAUGUAAGAACACAUCCAACUCUGACGCAAACAGGAGGUGUUUGGACCAAUGAACAUGGCAGAUCUAUGUUCGCUGGAUGGCUAAUUUCAUAA